CAUGAAAUACAACUGCAUCGACCGCGUAAAGUGCUUUUCGACGUAACCCGCCAAUUGAAAGGAAGAGGAGAAGAAGAAGAUCCCUCUCUGUCUCAGAUACAAAUUUCCUUUCUCCACCGACAACUCUUCGAUAGAUCCAAAGCGAUCGAUUAUCGGUUAUCGCCUCUCUCUCUCUCUCUCUCUCUCUCUCUCUCUCUCUCUCUCUCUCUGGUUCUUUUGUCUGUCUUCACUUUCCACGAUGUAUAACAUGAUCGUCAACUGUUCCAACUGCCGGACACCACUGCAGCUCCCGCCGGGCGCCAAAUCUAUAAGAUGCGCCAUAUGCCAUGCCGUCACCAACAUCGCCGACCCUCGUCAAGCUCCUCCCCCUCCUUCCCAUUCCCACAAUUACCACCCUGCCCCUUACCAACCUCCGCCACAGCCUUCGCCGUACAACCACGCGCCACCGGGUCCCCCUCCGUCUCCCCAUGGUCGCAAGAAGGCGGUGAUUUGUGGCAUAUCGUAUCGCUACUCCCGGCACGAGCUCAAGGGCUGCAUCAACGACGCCAAGUGCAUGCGUUACCUCCUCAUCAACAAAUUCAAGUUCCCCGAAUCCUCCAUCCUCAUGCUCACUGAAGAAGAAACUGAUCCAUAUAGGAUUCCAACUAAACAGAACAUGAGGAUGGCACUGUAUUGGCUUGUACAAGGUUGUCAACCAGGAGAUUCUCUAGUAUUUCACUAUUCUGGUCAUGGUUCACGGCAGAGGAACUAUAAUGGGGAUGAGGUUGAUGGAUAUGAUGAAACCCUAUGUCCAUUGGAUUUUGAAACACAAGGAAUGAUUGUUGAUGAUGAGAUCAAUGCAACAAUUGUCAGACCUCUUCCACAUGGGGUUAAGUUGCAUGCAAUAAUAGAUGCUUGCCAUAGUGGAACUGUACUAGACUUACCAUUUCUCUGCAGAAUGGACAGGACUGGGCGAUAUGGGUGGGAGGACCAUCGUCCUCGAUCUGGUGUAUGGAAGGGAACAAGUGGUGGGGAAGCCAUUUCCUUCAGUGGCUGUGAUGAUGAUCAAACAUCUGCGGAUACCUCUGCUUUAUCAAAAAUCACAUCAACUGGUGCAAUGACUUUCUGUUUUAUUCAAGCUAUUGAACGGGAACAUGGGACUACAUAUGGAAGCAUACUCACUUCAAUGAGGGCUACCAUUCGUAAUACAGGAAAUGACCUAGGUGGUGGUGUGGUGACAUCUGUCAUAUCCAUGCUCCUAACAGGAGGUAGUCUCGGUGGUGGGUUAAGACAGGAGCCACAGUUGACUGCCUGCGAAAUGUUUGAUGUGUAUUCGAAGCCUUUUGCCCUAUAGUUAAUUUGUAAUCACUGUCUCUCAUAUUAUCUUGAGUGAUUUUGUAUAGUUUCAAAAUGUCCAUUCGUGGUAGUUUACCUGCCUGCGUCAUUUUGUGUGCAUAUUAUUGCAGAAUAUAUUUAAACCUUUUGUUCUAUUGUUACCAUAAUCAUAUUACUUUUACUGGAAAACUGAGAAGUGAUAGCUAAAUCCAUUUGACUGAAA